AUGACGGAGAAAUUGUUUCAGUAUUACAAACGUGAUCUUAUAACAGUGGUACGGGGGUCAAUGGGCUACGCGAAGUAUCUCCCGCAGGAAACCUUCGUGAAUGCCGCUGAUUUCCGUUCAGUGAAGGAACUAGGAGAGUUCUUAAACAGGCUGUCGAACAAUGAAGACGAGUAUAUCGAAUACCUUAGACGAAAGGACUCGUAUGAGGUGUACGAGAGGGAAUAUGUAUUCAGGGACGCAAUGUGCAAAUUCUGCAAUAACAAUACUCCCACCCUCACUGCCAAAUCUUUAGGCGAUACGGAUUCUGGAAAUUAG